UCAACGUUUCUAAUAAUUCACUUAACUUUACAUUCAUAUGAAUGUCUUGAUUAUAGUGAAGAUGACAUUAAUGUAAUCUUAAUUACAAAUGAUUGUCACAGAACUGGUGUCUGGAAAUGUGGUCACCGUUUUGUCAGGGCUUACAAGUUCCUCAAUGUUCUCUCUGAGGAACAAUCAUUUGACUCCAAGUGCUCUUUAAGGACUGCAUUUUUUGAAUGUCUCGAUAUGUGGUCGAAAGCCAAACGAUGUCCAAAACAUAAGACAUAUCACUCGCAACACUUCCGCCAACAUCUGACUGAAACAUUGUGGUCAACCAGAGGCUGUCUUACAGGUCAUCGGGAAUAA